AUGACAUCCAACGGCGUGGUGGCGCCCGAUGACGUGGACCAUGGUGCCAGACAUGUGACACCUGAUGACAUGGACAAUGGUGCCAUACAUCUGACACCUGAUGACGUUGACGAUUGUGCCACACAUUUGACACCUGAUGACGGGGACCAUGGUGCCAGACAUGUGACACCUGAUGACGUGGACCAUGGUGCCAGACAUGUGACACCUGAUGACGAGGACCAUGGUGCCAGACAUGAGACACCUGAUGACGUGGACCAUUGUGCCAGACAUGUGACACCUGAUGACGAGGACCAUUGUGCCAGACAUGUGACAACUGAUGACGAGGACCAUGGUGCCAGACAUGUGACACCUGAUGACGAGGACCAUGGUGCCAGACAUGUGACACCUGAUGACGUGGACCAUGGUGCCAGACAUGUGACACCUGAUGACGAGGACCAUGGUGCCAGACAUGUGACACCUGUUGACGAGGACCAUGGUGCCAGACAUGAGACACCUGAUGACGUGGACCAUAGUGCCAGACAUGUGACAACUGAUGACGAGGACCAUGGUGCCAGACAUGUGACACCUGAUAACGAGGACCAUGGUGCCAGACAUGAGACACCUGAUGACGUGGACCAUUGUGCCAGACAUGUGACACCUGAUGACGAGGACCAUGGUGCCAGACAUCUGACACCUGAUGACGAGGACCAUGGUGCCAGACAGGUGACACCUGAUGACGAGGACCAUGGUGCCAGACAUGUGGCACCUGAUGACGAGGACCAUUGUGCCAGACAUGUGACACCUGAUGUCGAGGACCAUGGUGCCAGACAUGUGACACCUGCUGACGAGGACCAUGGCGCCAGACAUGUGAUACCUGAUGACGUGGACCAUGGUGCCAGACAUGUGACACCUGAUGACGAGGACCAUGGUGCCAGACAUGUGACACCUUAUGACGAGGACCAUGGUGCCAGACAUGUGGCACCUGAUGACGGGGACCAUGGUGCCAUACAUCUGACACCUGAUGACAUGGACCAUGGUGCCAGACAUGUGGCACCUGAUGACGUGGACCAUGGUGCCAGACAUGUGGCCCCUGAUGACAUGGACCAUUGUGCCAGACAUGUGACACCUGAUGACAUGGACGAUUGUGCCAUACAUCUGACACCUGAUGACGAGGACCAUGGUACCAGACAUGUGACACCUGAUGACGAGGACCAUGGUGCCAUACAUCUGACACCUGAUGACGAGGACCAUGGUGCCAGACAUGUGGCACCUGAUGACGUGGACCAUGGUGCCAGACAUGUGACACCUGAUGACGGGGACCAUGGUGCCAGACAUGUGACACCUGAUGACGUGGACCAUUGUGCCAGACAUGAGACACCUGAUGACGUGGACCAUUGUGCCAGACAUGUGACACCUGAUGACAUGGACGAUUGUGCCAUACAUCUGACACCUGAUGACGAGGACCAUGGUACCAGACAUGUGACACCUGAUGACGAGGACCAUGGUGCCAUACAUCUGACACCUGAUGACAUGGACCAUGGUGCCAGACAUGUGGCACCUGAUGACGUGGACCAUGGUGCCAGACAUGUGACACCUGAUGACGGGGACCAUGGUGCCAGACAUGUGACACCUGAUGACGUGGACCAUUGUGCCAGACAUGAGACACCUGAUGACGUGGACCAUUGUGCCAGACAUGAGACACCUGAUGACGAGGACCAUGGUGCCAUACAUCUGACACCUGAUGACGUGGACCAUGGUGCCAGACAUGUGACACCUGAUGACGGGGACCAUGGUGCCAUACAUCUGACACCUGAUGACAUGGACCAUGGUGCCAGACAUGUGGCACCUGAUGACGUGGACCAUGGUGCCAGACAUGUGACACCUGAUGACGAGGACCAUGGUGCCAGACAUGUGUCACCUGAUGACGUGGACCAUUGUGCCAGACAUGAGACACCUGAUGACGUGGACCAUUGUGCCAGACAUGAGACACCUGAUGACGAGGACCAUGGUGCCAGACAUGUGACACCUGAUGACAUGGACGAUGGUGCCAUACAUUCGACACCUGGUGACGUUGACGAUGGUGCCAGACAUGUGACACCUGAUGACGAGGACCAUGGUGCCAGACAUGUGACACCUGAUGACGUGGACCAUUGUGCCAGACAUGCGACACCUGAUGACGUUGACCAUGGUGCCAGACAUGAGACACCUGAUGACGUGGACCAUGGUACCAGACAUGUUACACCUGAUGACGAGGACCAUGGCGCCAGACAUGUGACACCUGAUGACAUGGACGAUGGUGCCAUACAUUCGACACCUGGUGACGUUGACGAUUGUGCCACACAUUUGAUACCUGAUGACGUGGACAACGAUGCCAGACAUGUGACACCUGAUGACGUGGACAACGUUUAUGACGUGGUUGAUAAUGUCGGCAUAUACCAUCCAGUAGAGUUGAUAUCCAAUGUAUUUAUGUCCAUGUCGUAG